AGAGACACGCACAGGGGGCGCCAUCCCCCAACCGCCAUUGGCUCCCGCAUCGCCGCUCGUGCCGCCCCGUCUGCUCCGGCUCCCCGCCCAACCUGAGGGGGGCAGACACGCAUAGAGACUACAGCUCCCAGCAUGCAACGCUACGGCAUUUGACUUCCGCCGCCAGGCUCGGAGCACGUGACCGGAAGGGCGCCGCCUCUUGGGAAAGGUCACUGGGGGCGAGGAUGGUCUCCGCCAAGCAGCUGGCGGACUUCGGGUACAAGGCCUUCUCCGGCUCCAUGAUGCUGCUGACCGUCUACGGGGGCUAUCUCUGCAGCGCCAGAGCUUACCGGUACUUCCAGCGCCAGCGAGCCCUCAAGCAGCUCGACCAGAACCAGCUCGACCCAGGGACCGUGGAAGACUGAACGCUGCUCCCCGGCUGACCGGCCCGCAGGCGGAGAGACACUUAAUGAGCAACGCGGAGGCUGUGUUGCGAUGACUUCUGCUGCAGUAAUCAGGUAGCAAGGGCAGCCCUUCCAGAUCACAGAUGAGGGCUAGCUUAGAUCAUCCGGGGUGUUCCUCCCCACACUAAGGUGUCUUGUUUCUCUGCACUAGCCAGAGGUUACAAAGUAACUCUGUGUAAGCAUGUUUUGAUCAUGUGAUAAUUAAAUAUUUUACUUAUUUA